AUGUCCUACGACCCGGCCAUUGUCGAGGACUAUGAGGCCUCCAUCAAGGAACUCACGUUCAAUUCGAGACCGAUUAUAGAGACGCUCACGACGAUAGCCCAGGAAAACACCGAGGCUGCGGAAGGUAUACUUAAUGUCAUCACCACAAGAAUAUACAAGUGCAUCCCUGAACAAAAGCUCUUUGCCAUGUAUCUACUCGAUUCAAUCUGCAAGAUAGUUGGGCAGCCGUACAACUUGCUUGUCGGGCCUGAGAUCUUCAAGCUAUUCUCUCAUGUGUAUGUUUUGGUGAGCGAAAACACUAGAGUUAAGUUGAUCAAGAUGUACGAGCUUUGGAAAGUGACCAGGACGAGAAACUCUGGCGGGCCACUUUUUCCACCGGAGGAACUUGAAAAAAUCGGUAAGUUCUUGAUGCACGCUGGGUAUAGAAAACAAGAAGUUCCAUCGGUGUCGGCAGCUGACCUUAUAGCCGACAUCGACAUGCUUUUGCCCAUCAUGAAAAAUAAGCUAGUCAAUAAUCCCACAGAUACAUCCCUUAACGAUAGAUGUAAUGCAUUACUGGAGCUCAAGCUCAUACUACAGAGUCAAGCAUUGAAGCAAAACGAUUUGCUCGGGAUAAAAGAAAAGCUCUCUUCCAUGAAACAGGCAGAAGUGUAUUCGGCCAACUCUGCCCCCAAACUACCCGAUAACCUGUUACCUCAACAAGUACCAGGGCCAAUAGUUCCUGAGCCUGGGAUGCCGGGCAAGGCUGAGGCUCUAUUUGCUGAUCUUCUAGCUUCCGGCCUUGUCAAGAUGGAGCAGUCUCUAAAGCCAGGAUCUAAGCCUGUUUACGAACUUGUAAUGCCCAAGGAAAAGUAUGAGCUAUCCAAUGCUGGUGACGGCGUUUCGACUACUGCUUUGGAGCAGCUUUUGAUGGAUGCAAAUAAUCCUGGUAGAUCCGCCUAUGAGCAGGCACAGUUCAAGGAGCUCUUGAAGAUUUCGAGGAAGCUCAAAAGCGAUGAAGGUUUCGGUAAGGCUUUGCAAACGUUUGUCAAUCACAACAAGCUAGAUGUUUCCACCGUACUGCUUUUAUACGAUGCAAAAGCACUGAAAUGUGCUCAAUGCGGUAAACGAUUCACAGAUGACGAAGCAGGCAAUAAAAGAAAACGCAUACACUUAGACUGGCAUUUCCGUAUUAAUAAGAAACUGGCUAACGUCAAGACGAAUAUUCAAUCCAGAAACUGGUACCUUGAUGACCUCGAAUGGGUUAAAUUCAAGGACGAGGAUCUUCUUGAAUUCGGCGAGUCUACACAGAGCAAGGAAGCUUCGGAACAGCCAGAACAAGUCGAAGAAGAGAGAGUUUACGUGGUUAUUCCAUCAAACGAGGAUAUUACGAACAAUGUGUGUACCAUUUGCCGUGAAGAGAUCAAACCCACGUACGACGAAAAUCUCGGCGAAUGGAUCUGGGACGGCUGUGUGUACGCAGCAGGAGGCAAGUCACAGAAGAAGAUUGUUCACUCUAGUUGCUUCAAGGAAACAGCGAAGAAAAGAGCCAGCAACGGCGUGGAGGAAAGAAAAAUCAAGCGUGAACGAGUAUAA